CGGGGCGAAGGGUAUCAGUAAAUGCAAGCAGAUUCGCUGAUGCCGCAGCCGAUAAUUCAUUCUUAGCGUCCUCAAAUGCGCCGACAUGGGAUGUCCUACCGUUCGUGAGCUCCACGGAACUCAUGAAGGAUAUCACGAACAUGUCUCACACCAUCGGAGGGGUUAUGAAGCCCUCAAUUCAAACGCACUAUGACCCAGCGGAGGCGUUCAUGUCUAUCAUUUCUCGAAACGACGAAGCGUUUAUGGAGAUCCCUUUGACUGCCCUUGAGUCAUUGGCUGCAUACGCGCUUCGGAACAGGCUGGACACUGUUCUCAAGAACAUCGUGGAUAUUUCCUUGCAAAGGCUAUGCGGCACGACCUCUCGUGUCACCAGCUCAUCCACAGGACACAAUUCCUUGCCAUUCCAGCAAGACAAAUUCGUCUUGAACCUUCUCGAUACUCUAUCAAAUUCAUCGCGCAACCCGGUGGCAGAGGGGCUGAUUCUUCCCCUCGUUGACGCUUAUCUCUCUCUGCCGUCGGCAGACGGGCAAUCCCGAAACCUUGACUCGCUGGAAGCUCUGCCCCUUCACGUGCUGGUGAAAAGUAUGAGACUCAUGAGCGAACGGCAACACAUUAAACCAUACCUGGAGACCCUAACACACUUAUUCUGGGUAGUCCAAUCGAAACGAAGUUCUCGGUUCGACCUCUUGCAAGUUACAACAUCUGGGACCUGGACGCUUUACCGAACUGUGCGCUGCCUCAUCGAAGAAGGAUAUGGUGCUCUUGCGUAUGAAUUAUUUCCAAAACUCGUUGGAGCAAGCGACUUCCCACACAGUGCACAAGAAUUUGCCAGCUCCAUCAUCGCAUCCACUGAGUUUGACAGUUCCUCAGAGCACCUCCAGGCCCUCAUGCUGCUCACCAUUACAAAAGCGUGCCAGAGCUUCCGGUGGUAUGACCGGAUGCUGGGGACGGCUGAAGCCACAAUCCCCAUCUGCACUCAGACAUCGGACAAGUCUACCCUGACAAUCGUGUCGAACGGUCUGCAUUCUAUGAUUCGUGUGCUUGCUGCCAGCGAUACGGAGAAGGACCUGCGAUAUGGAGUCCGCAUGAUUGAACUGUGCACAAGCCAGCCCCUCCUAUUCCCUGUCCCCCAAUCUCUUGUCUCUGGCAUUUAUGAAAAGCUCGAGGCAAACCAGCUUAGAGAGGAAGCAAGUCGGUUAUUCUUGCACCUAGACACCAUGAAUGCGCAAUAUCAUAAGCUCCGUGACGAGGCUGAGCCCGCGCGCCGUCGGCUUACAGCUCCCGCUCAGGUGGGCCUGAUGCAGUAUUACUUUGAAAUUGUAGGAGAACAUGGUGCCUUACGUAAAUUAGUGGAGGCCUGUAUGAUUUCUGGUGGUGUCGCCGCGAUAGAGUGUCAAUUCAUUGCCGCCAAUGUGGCAAUAAUGGCAGAGGCUGGAAUGGAAGACCAUGUUCGAGGGAUGUGGGAACAAAUGAGACGUGCCCGCCACCGUGAGAUGCUGCAUGGAAACGGGAAGGCGGCGAUGAGAGUAGCUAAGCUGUUCUGUUCCAUGGCAGAGCGGGCUGAUCACCAACGCGAGCCAUUUCUCCAUGGGAAGCCCUUACUGGUUUCGGGUGCGGUGGUGAGCGCCGAGCCCCAACGACCCGUUCAAGUGGCCCAGAAACGUCCGUUGGCGGAGGAAUACCGCGCUUUUGCCCAGCGCGUUGCCGUCGACUUUACCAAAUUAAAGGAGCCACUGGAAACAGCCUCACACAUGGACCUAACCACUGUUGCUCGAAUCAACUUCUUAGCGGGGAAUCUCCGUCAAGGUUUUGUUGCCGCGCGCUACAUAUUGGAACGACGUGAAAUCCCAGACACCAUUGAUAUUAAUGUCAUGCUCAAAGCAUUAGCAGAUUUGGAUCCCAGGGCGGCUGCAGUCAUGCUGGAGAAAGCGUUAACGCGAAGAGUCUAUGUGGAUAGGGUCUCCUGGAGCACGCUGCUCCAUGGUGCAACCAAAGUGGGGGACACCGAGUUGGUGUUAAGCAUUCUGCAACGCUGCCGUGAAAUGGGCGGUUCGUUCGACGUUUCAGCAAUUGACGCAUUCAUCCGGGGUUUCGAUAAGAUCUUGACCGUCUCCAGUCAGAACACCGAGCAUUUUCUCCGAUUAUCCCUUCAAUUACUCAGGAACCUCGAGAAGCCUCAACGAGCGAAAAUGGGCACUCUGGGUGUACUUUGUGUGCAACGUGCUUUGAAGGCGAACUUGCCCCUCCUAGCCUUUGAGUAUUGGGAUCUUCUGGUCCGCUACAGACUGGCUGGCUUCAAAUCGCCCCGGCUUCGAUUGAACAUUGCUAAAGCUGUAUCGCAAGCGCACAGGAAAAACAAGGAUUCCUCUGGUUCUGAGUUGAGUCAAAGACUGCGGAUGUGCGAAACUCUGGGUGCUCCAACACAGCAGAAACGUCUCUCCCCGACACGAAUCCCGCUUAUCCCCCAUCCGGCCCACGCAGAUCAUAAUGCAUCACCCAACUGUUGACGCUACCUCGUUACACCUGCCCAGAUAGCCAUAAACUUUUAGAUUGUGGCUUUAGGUGCAGGUGACACUAAUCCUGGCUUGGGGCCUCACAAUCAUCGUUCAUUGACAUUCAAUUUGUUCGAUUAAACUAUACAUUUAAGAUCCCUAUUUGGCACUCCUUGAUGUCUGCUAAUUUGACUGAUUUUCAAGCCAGAUGUGGAGAUUGGACCCUUCAAAGGUCGCCAUCAUGUCGUACUAUCAGUGGCCCGAUUCUGGGGCUAAGCUUGGUAGCGAGGUGCUCGAGCCUCUCCUGUACGUGCGAGCGACUCAUACAGUAUCGGGAACUUCAUUUUAGCCGGGUGAUAGUGCCAUGCGCAUGGUCAUCCAUAUGGUUGCCCAGAUAUGUGAUCAGUUGGAAGAUCUAUACUCUUC